GCAAGCAAUCAUUUGCGCAACCUUUGUCCAAUCACUUCUCUUAUUUAUUUUGUACAAACAUGUACUUGUAAAACCAAGAAAAAACCCUAAUUGUUUUAGCAAAUCUUGCAAGUCAAUUUUCUUGGCAUUUCAGUCAUUAAUUAAUUUUUGGGGGGUUGGGAGAAACGGUUUUGUCUCUGUAAAAAGGAAUAUGCCAUUCUGCCAAACAUUGGUUCCUUAGCAGCCAUUCGGUUUUACGCUAAUUUUUAUUCCAUUUGAUAUAUUUACUCAGUACAGGGCACAAGCUGGCUUUCCCUUCUCCCUCUCUGCAUUUUCCCUCUUUUCCCAUUCAGGAUCCAGGGGCUGGUCUUUGUUCUGCAGUUGGUGGUAAGGAGCUGGCAUGCGUGCAAGAUUUUGAGUCAAGUGAAGUAGCUUGGAUUUGAGAUUGUUUAAUGGGUUCUAAUAGGCAGUCUGUUGGUUUCUUGGAUACUCUCAAUAUGGAGACGGUUAGGACUAUUUUGACUCACACAUCCCCUUAUCCGCAUGAGCAUUCGCGUCAUGCAGUUAUUGCCGUGGUUGUGGGCUGCUUGUUUUUCAUAUCAUCAGAUAAUAUGCACACUCUUAUCCAGAAAUUAGACACCAAUAUUAAAUGGUGGUCUAUGUAUGCUUGUUUGUUCGGAUUCUUCUAUUUCUUUUCAUCUCCUUUCAUAGGGAAAACAAUUAAACCCAGUUAUUCAAAUUUCAGUCGAUGGUAUAUUGCAUGGAUAUUAGUAGCUGCUGUAUAUCAUCUUCCCAGUUUUCAAUCAAUGGGAGUGGAUAUGAGGAUGAAUCUUUCUUUGUUCUUGACAAUUUUUGUCUCAUCAAUUUUGUUUCUUCUGGUCUUCCACAUUGUAUUUCUUGGACUCUGGUAUAUUGGCCUUGUCGCUCGUGUAGCUGGAAAGAGGCCUGAAAUUCUGGCCAUUUUGCAAAAUUGUGCUGUUUUAAGUAUUGCCUGCUGUGUCUUUUAUAGCCAUUGUGGCAACAAUACUGUGUUGACCAAAAAAUCAUUUGAAAGGAGAAGUUCUGGUUGGUUCACACUGUGGAAUAAGGAAGAGCGUAAUACCUGGCUUGCAAAGUUUGUCAGGAUGAAUGAAUUCAAGAAUGAAAUUUGCUCGUCUUGGUUUGCUCCUGUGGGAUCUGCUAGCGAUUACCCGCUCCUCUCCAAGUGGGUUAUUUACGGAGAGUCAAACUGCAGCAACGGUUCAUGUUCAGGAUCAUCAGGUGAUAUUUCUCCCAUAUAUUCAUUAUGGGCCACUUUUAUAGGGCUCUACAUUGCCAACUAUGUUGUCGAAAGAUCAACCGGAUGGGCCCUUAGUCAUCCUAUGUCACUAAAAGAAUUUGAGAAGUUGAAGGAAAAGCAAAUGAAGCCCGAGUUUUUGGAUAUGGUUCCUUGGUACUCCGGGACAUCCGCUGACUUAUUUAAAACAGCUUUUGAUCUACUGGUAUCAGUAACUGUAUUCGUUGGACGCUUCGAUAUGCGUAUGCUGCAGGCAGCAAUGAGCAGCGUUCAAGAUGGAGCUAAACAGGAGGAUCUGCUGUAUGAUCAGUUUACUGAGAAAGAUGAGCUGUGGUUUGAUUUUAUGGCUGAUACUGGUGACGGUGGAAAUUCUUCCUACUCUAUAGCUCGCCUUCUAGCUCAGCCUUUACUCAGGGUCCGAGAGAAUGGUUCUGUGGUUACGCUGCCUCGUGGUAACCUGCUCCUUAUUGGGGGUGAUCUUGCAUAUCCCAAUCCAUCAGAAUUCUCCUAUGAGAAGCGGCUCUUUCGCCCCUUUGAAUAUGCGCUUCAGCCUCCAGCGUGGUAUAAAGAAGAGCAUAUAGCUGUUAAUAAGCCAGAAUUGCCUUGUGGGGAGACUCAAUUGAAGCAGUACAAUGGGCCUCAGUGUUUUCUUAUCCCUGGAAAUCAUGACUGGUUUGAUGGCCUUCAAACUUUUAUGAGAUACAUCUGUCAUAAAAGUUGGUUGGGUGGCUGGUUUAUGCCUCAGAAGAAAAGUUAUUUUGCUUUGCAGCUACCAAAAGGGUGGUGGAUAUUUGGUCUUGAUCUCGCUCUUCUUUGUGAUAUUGAUGUAUACCAGUUCAAGUUCUUCUCAGAGUUAAUAAAGGAAAAGGUUGGGGAAAAUGAUUCAGUGAUCAUUAUGACUCACGAACCCAAUUGGCUUCUUGAUUGGUACUGGAAUGAUGUGACUGGAAAAAAUGUCUCACAUCUGAUUCGUGACCAUUUAAAUGGGAGAUGCAGACUCCGAAUGGCUGGGGAUUUGCAUCACUACAUGCGCCAUUCAUAUGUUCCAUCAGAUAAGCCGGUUCAUGUGCAGCAUUUGCUUGUAAAUGGUUGUGGUGGGGCUUUUUUACACCCCACACACGUGUUCAAUAAUUUCAAUGAACUGUAUGGGACAUCAUUCGAAUGCAAGUCUGCUUAUCCUUCUCUUGAAGAUUCAAGCAGGAUUGCUUUGGGAAAUAUAUUGAAAUUUCGCAAGAAGAAUUGGCAGUUUGAUUUCAUUGGUGGGAUUAUAUACUUUAUCUUGGCAUUUUCCAUGUUCCCUCAGUGUAAGCUAGAUCACAUCUUACAGGAUGAUACCUUUUCUGGUCACUUGAGGAGCUUUUUUAUCACAGUCUGGGAUGCUUUUAUGUACUUGUUGGGACGCUCCUAUGUGUCCUCAGUCAGUGCUUUUCUGCUGCUAGUAGCUUCAGUUAUUUUUGUCCCCAGCAAAGUUUGUCGCAAGAGAAGGGUUCUAAUUGGGAUUCUUCACGCGUCUGCACACUUGGCUUCAGCAUUGAUUCUCAUGUUACUGUUGGAAUUGGGUGUAGAGACUUGUAUCAGACACAAGUUAUUGGCUACUGCAGGUUAUCACACUUUAUAUGAAUGGUACCGAUCUGUGGAGAGCGAGCAUUUUCCAGACCCAACUGGCCUUAGGGCACGUAUAGAACAAUGGACAUUUGGCCUUUAUCCAGCAUGCAUCAAGUAUCUAAUGUCUGCUUUUGAUGUGCCGGAGGUCAUGGCUGUCUCAAGGAAUUACAUCUGCAAGAAGGGGAUAGAGUCACUCUCCCGGCAGGGUGCUGCUAUAUAUUAUGCUUCUGUCUUCCUUUACUUCUGGGUCUUUUCAACCCCAGUGGUUUCAUUGGUUUUUGGAAGCUAUCUGUACAUCUGCAUAAACUGGCUCCAUCUACACUUUGAUGAAGCCUUUUCAUCGCUACGAAUUGCUAAUUACAAGUCCUUCACACGAUUCCAUAUUGACCGCAAAGGCGAUCUUGAAGUUUUCACCCUUGCCGUGGACAAGGUUCCAAAGGAAUGGAAGCUGGAUCCUAACUGGGACGCGGAACCAAAACAGCAUUUGAGCCACCAGCGGAAGUUCCCCAGCAAAUGGCGAGCAACUUCCUCUCAGCAGGAUCCCGUAAGCGCUGUCCGAAUCAUCGACCAUUUUGUUAUUCAACAAACACAGAAAGAAAACUGACACGUGAUCAUUGAGAAUCAUCAAUUGGUUGGUCAUUGAUAUUCUUUUCAGGCAGGACAAUUGGCUGGUAGUGUAACAAAGCUGGUAGUGUAGUUACCUUAGGAAGUUGUAUCACAGAGAAUUGAAAUAUAGGGGGAGAGAAUGCUGCUGCUGGUAAUCAACAAGUACCUUAGAUCAGUGAAAAAUUAAGAAAAGGAGAAAAAAAAAAAAAAAGAGAGAAGAAAUUUUGUUUAUUCUUAAAUUUUGUUGUUUAUUCUUCGGUUGAGGGUUGCAUGACAUGUCUUCUUCCUCGAUGCUAGUGGCUGCAACUAGUUUAGAUGAGUUUGUCACAUCACCGUCUCAUACUGCAAAAUGUGACCGAGGAUUUAAUUUUGCAAAAUCUGCUGUGGAAUUUAAUUUUGCACUGC